GCUUGACAAAAGCUUCGAUCAACAAAAAUCAAAACAUAACUGUACAGUUGCUAAUCGAAGGUGCCGAGAUAACUCAACAUUGAAGCUACUCGAAUCUUUCGUCAUCAAAAUUCAGUCAUCAUUGAACCUUCGAUCAAACAGUUCGACUAUGAGAUCCAAAAACUACUCGAAGCUACUCCAAGCUACUCGAACCUACUCGCAAAUGUCAGAUUCAGUCAAUGCUACUCGAAGAGAAAAAAGCAACAUGAUCACAGCUCCUACAAUCUGAUUUACACAGAAAAAGUCUCAAAAACCAAAUCAUGGAACAUUUACUGUUGGUACUAUACUACAAUGGAAAAUUUGUAGAUAGAUGCUUAUACACGGAUUAUCAAGUAACAGGAAUAUUGAUACCAAAAGGUUUCUCAUACCAAGAACUGAGAACACUAAUCUGUCAUACUUUGGAAUUAAACAACAUCACCACUGUUCUUGAUAUACAAUUUCAAAUACAAGAAGGUAUACCACCAAUGAGGAUCAAGGACGAUAAUUCUUGCAGAAUUUAUGAGCAUAUCAGGAAAAAAAAUGACAAUGAGGCUGCCUUUCCACUAUUCAUUAACUAUACACAGUCAUUGGAUACUGUAUAUACACAGUCAUUGGAUACUGUCAACCAACUAUUACAUCAAGAAAUUACUUGCUUUGACAUAACCUCUGCAGCCUAUGAAAAUGAAGAACCAUAUAUACAAGAUAUUGAUCCAAUUCCUACAUGGACAGAUUAUGCACUCUCAGUAGCUAAUUACAUCACAGAAAGAACUAUAGAAGCUACCAACUCAAGCUGGGAAAACAAAACAAACAUCAUCAAAGAUCCAAGGAUUGACAUAAUAAGAGUUGGGCAAAUUUUCCAAGACAAGGAAACAGUAAAGCUUGCCAUGAGCCUAUAUGCAAUCAAAAAGAAUGAACAGCACAGGGUAAAAAGAUCAUCAACAAAGGACUACAGCUUAGUGUGUGUUGAUAAAAAUUGUAAAUGGUACUUCUUGGCAACAAAACAUGGAAAAACAAAUCUCUUCAAAGUCAGAAAACUUGUGGAAGAUCAUACAUGCUCAAUAGAACGCAUCCAUGACGAUCACCCCCAAGCAACAAGUAACAUAAUAGCUGACUGCAUCAAAAAAAAAAUUAGUAAUCCAAAAAGAAACUACAGGCCAAAUGAGAUUGUUGAUGAUGUAGCAGAAGACUAUAGUGUCUCAAUUUCUUACCAAAAAGCUUGGAGAGCAAAAGAGAAGGCUUCAGAAAAAGUAAUAGGCUGCCCACAUGAUUCAUACAAUGAAAUUCCAGGGAUUCUGCACAUGAUAAAAAAAUGCAAUCCAGGAACAAUAACAGACUUAGUCCAACAUGACAAUGGGCAUUUUAAGUACCUAUUCUUUGCAUUAGGAGUCUCAAUAGAAGGCUGGAAACACUGCACACCUCUAAUUGUGGUUGAUGCAACUUUCCUUAAGAAUGCAUAUGGAGGAACAUUGAUAAUUGCUAGUGCACAAGAUGCUGACAGACACAUAUUCCCACUAGCUUUUUCAGUAGUUGAUUCUGAAAAUGAUGCAUCAUGGCAAUACUUCAUGGAAAAGCUCAAAGAAUCAUAUGGGGAGCGUGAAGACCAAUGCAUAAUUUCUGACAGACACGAAAGUAUAGCAAAAGCAAUGAAAUCAGUAUUCCCUAACUUGAUGCAUGGGCAAAAGCAUACAAUCAAACUGACUUCGACGAUUCCAUGAGGGACUUAGACAACAUUGAUAGUAGAAUUCGUCCUUACCUGACAAAUGAAGUUGGCCUAGAAAAAUGGACAAGGCUUUACAGCCCAAAUAAACGCUACUCAACAUUAACCUCCAACAUCGCCGAGUCUGUGAACUCAGCAUUGAAAGAAAUCAGAGAGCUACCGAUUGGAACACUGCUCGAAUGUCUACGUUGCUUGGUUCAAAAAUGGUCAUGGGAAAACAAAAAUAGAGCUUUGUCCACAUUCACAACAUUAGCAAAAGUACCAGAAAAGAUACUAAAGGAUAAACUGGAACGCAGUAAGAAACUAAAGGUGCAAACAUCCAAUCUUGUCAUAUACACAGUAAAAGAAUUGCAAAACUCCUAUAUUGUGGAUAUCCAAAACAGAACAUGCACGUGUCAACGAUUUCAGUAUGAUGAAAUGCCGUGUUCUCACGCAAUGGCUGUAAUAUCAAAAAGACACAUGAAAUGCUAUGAGUAUUGCUCAUACUACUACACAAAAGAAGCAUUUCUUGCAACAUAUGAAGGUUCUGUGUUACCAAUAGGUGACCCAAAGACAUGGGACUUGCCUGAUAACAUCAAACAACUUCAAGUAUUGCCACCAAUAUACAAGAGACCAGCAGGAAGGCCAAAGAAACAAAGGUAUAAAACUGCACUAGACAAAGCAACACAGAAUAAAUGUGCAAGAUGCUUACAAAAAGGACACAACCGAAGGACUUGCAAAAAUGAUGCGGUCGAGCCAAAGAGAAAGAGAAAAAGAGACAUUGAAUAGCCCACCUAUUAUUCUUCCAUUUAUACAAAUACUAUAAAAAUAAAAACAAUACUUUCAAAUUGAGAAACUGCUAAGUAGCUUUACUUUCCAAUGUUUCCCUACAUUUUUCAAAAUACUAUAAGAAUAAAAAAACUUGUCAUCUGUGAACACUGCUUUUAAGAAUAGUUAAAUUCAUUUUUAAAUUCUACAUUUGGUUUUUAGUAUUUAAUAUGAUUGAUCACUAAUAUAAAAACUAACACGCUGCUUAAUUAUAUAUUCAUAUAUUUUUAUAAUUUAGGCAAAAAAUUAAGGUUGGACAAUUCAUUUAUACUCAAAGUAUAUUAUAUAUUACCAUUGGCUUGUUAUCUGGUGAUGUUAAUUAAAGAAAACUAUAGGUUAGAUAUAUAAAAGAGCUGGUUACAUAUUGUUAUUACUGGUAUUUUGCAGUGACAAGAUACCAUCAAAAUAUACACACAAAAAAAAUAUAAAAAAAUAUACAUUAUCCAUUAUUAAAAAAUGAUUAAAGUGUACCUCUAAUUCAAAUAUGUUGCAAGCGACUACCAUUGUAGAACCCCAAGUUAAAAAAAUCCUCUUUUACAACCUGAACGUUUAUAAAAAAAAAAUUAGAAACAAAAUAACUAAUUUUUUCACUAAAUGAAUCAUUCUAACUACUCUAUACCUUGAUUAUUGAUUUGUAUUAAAACCCUCAUUCAACCAAAAAAAAUAUAAAUAAUUACUCUGCAAAAAAAAAACAUUGUUGGUUUUAUGAAAAUUAAGCUACAAACAUUAGCUUAAAACUACAAAACACACUUUCUUUCCAACUUUAUAAACUUGAAUACUUCCAUUAAAACAUAACAUUCCAAACAACAAUUUUAACUACUUAUAUACUUGCAUAUUUCCAAAAAAAGAUACUAAACGGUCCCUUCACAUCAGUGUUACCAACAACAAACAGAUUAACACCUAGCUAAAUACUACAUAUAAACCCUACUGUCCAGAUACACCAUUCACUAAUACUAACAAACAAAUGUACUAAAAAAUUGGAGCUUAAUUACAAUUCUAAAAACAAAAGUAACAAAACAAGUUACUUUGACUCAAAAUAGUUCACCAAAAAGUUUCAUUCCAGUUGAAACUCCAACUUUAGUACACCAAAAAGUUUCAUCCUAGUGCAGAUUCAAAACCCCUUCAAUCCAAUCAAGCUUUUGGAAUCCUCCCAGGAAACUCAGACUCAGAAUCAUAAUCAUUCAACAGUUUCUUCUUGGCAUGAACAUACAACUCAACAGCGAGCUUCCUCCUAAAAAACCCCACAUCUAGAGGAUUUGGAAGUUUCUCAAUACAUCCAUGAAUAAAGAAAUCAGCAUACUUAGCCACGAACAAGCCACAAUCA